AAGUGGAGGAUACGAGGCUUUUGCAGCUCGUGCGGUCCACUUUGUACAAGUUUUGGCCUGAGCAGUAAAAAGGAAAGAGAAAGCUGAAGGAUUUGAACAUCUUACCAGAAGAAACGAAGAGCUUGAAGCAAAAUAGAAAAGCCAGUCAUAGGGCAUCAUGGACCGCACUAUCCCUGACUUCUCCGGCACCUGGAAAAUGAAGAGUUCAGAAAACUUCGAGGAGCUUCUGAAAGCCCUGGGUGUGAAUGUGAUGCUUCGGAAGAUUGCUGUAGCAGCAGCCUCAAAACCAUCUGUGGAGAUUACACAGGACAGAGAGACGCUGUCAAUCAAGACUUCCACCUCAGUUAGAACCACCCAUGUGACCUUCACUGUGGGACAGGAGUUUAUUGAGACCACAGUGGAUGGACGACCUUGCACGAGCUUUCCUCGGUGGGAGACAGACAGUAAGAUCAGCUGUGAGCAAACCCUCCAGAAAGGAGAUGGUCCUAAGACAUCCUGGACCAGAGAACUAACCAAUGACGGAGAACUGAUCCUGACAAUGACUGCAGAUGACGUCGUGUGCACAAGAGUUUACAUCAGAGAAUGAAAGUAAACAAGCAGAAAAUGUCAUGAUUUGUGUUAUUCUACGUAUUUCCCCGACUCUUCUUGACAGAAACCAGAAACAUGCCGCAUUUAUCGUCCGUGUAACCGUUAGACUAAAUGUUUAUUAAGUCAAACAUUUACAUGCACAUACAUUGACUAAAUGCAUGUGCAUGGAAGCAAUAUUAGAAAUACAUUCCACUAAUCAGUAGUCAGUAUACAGUAGUGUGUGACAUAUAGUUACCUUUUAUUUCAAGUUCAUGUUUGAAUGCAAGACGAGGAGAUGAGAUUUAGUCCAUGUUUAGCUUUGUAUUUCCAUUCAUACAGUACAUUCAUCUUUACACCGCUCUAGUUCGUAGAUCCGCUUUCUCACACACUUUAAUACACAGAUGUCAACACAGUUACAGAGGAUUCUGGGAGAAUAGGUGUGUUAUAUGAGGGGUUAAAAUGCUGCAAGAUGGAAGCAAGACUGGAAUAGUUUUUUUUUACAACA